CUUUUUUAAAGCUGAUAGUUUUGAAUUGAAUGAAAAAAAUAACAAUUUUGGAGGAUACAUUCGUUUUCCACAUAGUUGGUCUUAAUCAGAGGUUUAGAAAUAUGGACUGUGCUACCAAAUUAUUUUUAAAAAAAGGAAACAAAUUUUUUUUGUGAAAAAAAUUUAAGUUCUCCCAUUAUCGGCAGAUAAUACUAAUGCAGAUUUUGGUUGACAUAAUAGAAAAGGUGUCAAUUUACACACAAAACUGAAAGAUCUACUCAAGAGAAUGUCUUGGAAUCUGGUUGCAACAUGCAUGUUUUAUCAAAUGCGGUUUAAUACAGCUUCUAGUUCAAUUAAUAUAAAGACCAAAACUUACAGAAGAGCCUAAUGAUGUAGAUAUUUCAUUUGGGGGAACUGCAUAUUUCACAUGUAAAGCUGAUGGUGAUCCUAAACCAGAAAUUAUUUGGUUACACAAUAGCAAUGAAAUAUUGCCAGACCAAGAUGAGAGACACAGUAUUCUAACCGAUGGCACACUUAUGAUAACUGAAGCUCAAGACUUGGAUGAAGGUGUUUAUGAGUGUAUGGCCAAGAGCCCAGCUGGUGAAAUCAAAUCUCGUGCAGCUAAAAUGCAUUACUUAAAAUCAAAGGAAAAUAAACUUAAAGGUAUUCUUUCUUUUACUGAACAACCUACUGAUAGCACAGUUCCUGUUGGAUCAACAAUAAUUUUACCUUGCAGUGCAGCUGGAGAUUCUGAGCCUGUUAUACACUGGACUCAAAAUGGAAUUGCUUUACCACAAAUUUUUCGGUACUAUGUUUCUUCUACUGGUUCACUUACUAUAAAGAAUGUACAAAAAAGUGAUGCUGGAGUGUAUCAAUGUAUUGCUACUACUAAUGAAUCUAGCAUAGCAGUUUCAGCAAGGAUUGUAGUAGAAGCCCCUCCUGUGUUUUUGGAGAGACCAAGGGAUCAAGAGGCAAUUGAAGGAAAUGAUGUGGAGCUUUUGUGUCAAGUUGAAGGAUCUCCCCCACCUUUGCUAUCAUGGUCGAAAGAGGGAAAUUUUAUCACAAGUGGUGGGAAAGUCAAGCUACUGAAAAAUUCCACAGUACUUAGUAUUGAACUUGUUAAUAAGCAAGACGAAGGAAUAUAUACUUGCCAUGCUGAAAAUGCUGCUGGUCAAAGGAAUUCUAGUGCUUUACUUAUGAUUAGGGAAAAAGUGCCGCCUGUAUUUUCUCGCAUACCAGAAGAUCAACAAACUCAUGUGGGUUCCAGUGUUGAACUUCCUUGCCAUGCUCAAGGUCAGCCUUUCCCUUCUAUUAAGUGGAAGAAAGAUGGAAAUGUACUACAGACAGAAUCAGACCAUCAUCGAAUUAAUUCACAUGGAGAUUUAUACAUGUUUAAUAUCCAAAAAACAGAUGCUGGAAUUUAUGAAUGCGUUGCUAUUAAUGAUGUAGGGUCUGCCUAUGUAUCAAUGAAACUUACAGUUGCUGAUGGCCCAUACACCGGAAGACCUGGUGAUCGCUAUGUCAUCAGUGCACUUGAUGAAGCUCGGCAAGAAAUUGAUAAAGCUUUAAAUCAUACACUUUAUGAAUUAUUUGAAGAACCUCAUAAGCGGAUGCCAGGAGAAUUAUUACAAGCAUUUAGAUUCCCUACCAAUGAGGCUAGAGAAGCUGCACGUGCAGCUGAAAUUUAUGAAAGAGCUUUAGAAAUUGUAUGGGAUCAUGUGCAGAAUGGAGCCCAGUUUAAUCUUACGGAAUUUUCAUAUUCGGAUAUUUUAUCGGCAUCGAAUCUGGACUUGUUAGCAAAUCUCUCUGGUUGUCUUAUUCAUCGUGAGUUACCAAGUUGUUCUGAUAUGUGCUUUCAUGGUAAUUAUAGAAGUUUUGAUGGAUCUUGCAAUAACUUCAAUAAUCCAAGAUGGGGAGCAUCACUUACUCCUUUUGUUAGACUUUUGCCUCCUGUUUAUGAAAAUGGAUUUAACACUCCAAUAGGUUGGUCUAAGUCUCAUCUCUACAAUGGAUAUAUUAAACCAAGUGCUCGACUUGUGUCAACAACAGUUAUUUCUACAGAUUUUAUUUCUCAUGACAGCGAAUUCACUCACAUGCUUAUGCAGUGGGGUCAGUUUCUAGAUCAUGACUUGGAUUUUUCCAUGCCUUCCAUAAGUCAUGCAAGUUUCACAGAUGGAGUAGAUUGUGCAACAUCAUGUGAAUUUGCUGCUCCAUGCUUCCCAAUUGAAGUACCACCUGAUGAUAAACGUAUUAAUAGACAUAGAUGUAUGGAAUUUGUUCGUUCUAGCUCAGUUUGUGGAUCAGGUCUUACAUCAGUCUUCUUUAAUACAGUGAAACCUCGAGAACAGGUAAAUCAAUUAACUGCAUUUAUAGAUGCAUCAAAUGUGUAUGGAAGUAAUGAGAGAGUUGCUCGACAUUUACGAGAGAUGAGUAGCAACAGAGGCUUGUUACGAUCUGGAGUACUUAUGCAUACAGGAAAACCUUUGUUGCCCUUCAAUGAUGGCCAGCCUAUAGAUUGCAAAAGAGAUCUGACAGAAAGUACUAUUGAUUGCUUUUUGGCAGGAGAUGUGAGAGCAAACGAGCAACUUGGUUUAUUAUCUAUGCAUACUUUAUGGAUGAGAGAGCAUAAUCGUAUAGCCAGAGAGCUGUUUAAUUAUAAUCCUCAUUGGGAUAAUGAUAAAUUGUACCAUGAAGCCAGGAAGAUAGUUGGAGCUAUUAUGCAACAUAUCACAUAUGCUCAUUGGUUGCCCAAAAUAUUAGGAAAAAAUGGAUAUGAUCAGCUAGGGCAAUAUACAGGAUAUGAUGCAAAUGUUAAUCCAUCUAUUUCUAAUGUGUUUGCAACAGCAGCUUUGCGAUUUGGUCACACUUUGAUUAAUCCUGAAUUAAUGAGACUAAAUGAAACAUAUCAACCUAUUCCACAAGGGAACAUCCCAUUAAGGAAAGCUUUUUUUGCACCUUUUCGCCUGCUGGAGGAAGGCGGACUUGAUCCAUUAAUGAGAGGCUUGAUUUAUGCUCCAGCAAAACUCAAGAAACCAGAUCAGCUUCUCAAUUCAGAUCUGACUGAACAUUUGUUUACACCUGCUCAUUUAGUAGCUCAAGACUUAGCUGCCUUGAAUAUCCAAAGGGGAAGAGAUCAUGCUUUACCUUCCUACAAUGAAUGGAGAAAAUUUUGCAACCUUACAGUAGCUACUACAUUUGAAGAUUUUAGAAAUGAAAUAAAAGAUGUUGUUUUACUUAAAAAACUUGAGCAUUUGUAUAAGCAUCCAGAUAAUAUUGAUCUUUGGGUUGGAGGAAUCAGUGAAGAACCUGUGGAAGAUGCAAAAGUUGGACCAACAUUUUUAUGUCUUCUCAUUGAUCAAUUUAAAAGGGUUAGAUCUGGAGACAGGUUUUGGUAUGAAAAUCCUGGAAUAUUUUCACCAAACCAGUUAAUUCAAAUUAAGCAAAGCUCAUUAGCUAGGGUUCUGUGUGAUAAUGGUGAUAACAUUACAUCUGUUACCCAAGAUGUAUUUACUGUACCCCAUCUGCAAACUCCAAAUUUUGUUCAAUGCUCUGCAGUACCUAAAGUUGAAUUAAGUGUCUGGACAGAAUGCUGCCAAGAAUGCACUGCUUCAAGAAAUAAUGAAAUCAACAGAAUAAAUAUCCGUUCAGUGAGAUCUGUCAAGUAUAAAGAGCACUCUUCAAAACCACAAAUAUUGAAUAAUACAGUUCCAUCCAAGAAAUUUAUAUGGCAAGAUGAUGACUUUGAUGUAGCUGAACAAAGAAUAGAAGGCAUUGAAGAAUUAGUUGGAAAACUGGAGAAGACUGUUCAAAGACUAAGCAGAAAGGUUAGAAAAUUAGAAGUAGAAUGCAAGAUUAGAAAUGAAGGAUCUUGUAUUGAUUCUACAAAAACAAGAAGGCAUUCUGGUGAACUCUGGAAUCAAGACAAAUGCACGAAAUGUCGUUGUGAGAGUAAUCAGAUAACAUGCUGGGUUGAAACAUGUCAAGCUAGUCAUUGUGUGAAUCCAAGACUUAUUGAUGAUCAAUGCUGUCCUGUCUGCUAAGUAUGUAACAUUCAUAUUCCACUAUCAAUCCUUAAAAAGGAAUUUGUUGUAAAUAUAAAAGUGCCUUACUUUUGGUUACCCAAUGGAUUAUGUUUAUUUAUAAUUAAUACUGUUUUUCCAUAAUGGUGUAUAUUAAUUAAUUCUAAAAAUUUUUACUUAUAAGACUUGCUUUCAAGUAAUGUUUAAUACUGAAACAUCAAUAGUAUGUAUGAUAUAAUGUGUGUUAUGUGUUCUAUUGUUUCAGAUGUCUGGUUUAGCAUACACUGCCAACAUGUUGAGAACAAUAUCAGAUUAUAAAUCAUUUAGUUUCUCAUAGGUGAAUUUUGAUAUUUUUUGAAAAUAUUUUUUACGUCUUUUUCAACAUGCUGAAUUUGAUUAGAACAUUAGCAGUUUACAACAUUUCAUAAAACAUUUGCAUUACAUUUCACUGAAAAACAUACUGCAACAGUCAGAAAAAUUUUAUCUGCAAAAUAAAUGUUUUAAAUCAUUAUAAUCAGUUCAGUGAAAGGAAAAUGUUAAAAUUUGCUUUUUUUUUUUUUUUUUUUUUUUUGUUAAAAAAAUAAGCUUCAGCUUAGUGAACAUCAGUAAUACUAUAACAGACAGAAUUUUUACCAUUUUCAAAUUAAUGCCAAAUUAAAAUUACUAACUGGUCUAAAAGAGAGCUCUUGCAACUUACAAAACUUUUGAAUAGAAGUCAUCUUUUUUUUUCACUGCCCAUGUCAAAUUUAAGAUUGUGCACUUUCUUCCCACUUCCAAAUUAAAUUGCUUUUGUACCAGUAUUUCUGUUUAUGCUCACAACAUUAAUAUUUUGUUCCCAUAAAUUAUAAUAUGGCUUUUUGUAUUAGUUUAAACUGCUUUUCAAAAUCUUGUUUUUUCUGUAAUGCAGUUUUUGAGAUGUUUAAUCAAAUGUUAAUAAGUAAUUCUGUGUUAUGAAUUUUCUCUAGUAUACCAAGUAAAAAUUAGAAGUGUAUUUCAUUAUUAUCUUUGUGUCAUUGUAUUUUUCAUAAAAUAAAAUUUUUCUUAAAAAUAAA